AUGCUUAAAUUCGAUACAGACAGUUUAAAGUUCUCGAAAGAGGAACAUGUGAUAGGCGGUGUAUCAACCUUUGUUUAUAAUGCCAAUAUUCUUGAAGAUUAUGUUAAGAAUUUCAAACCCAACGAGCGUCAUCAUUUAGAUAUCAACAUCAAUGUCCUAAUUCUCAUUCAUCAUAGAGAGGGAGAUUAUACUUAUACUGAGGCCAUUGGUAAGGUAAUUCUUGAUGAGUUUGCUAAACUUAAUUCUGCCCCUUUGAUAGCGGUCACCUUUGACGGUAGAAAUCACGGUGCAAGAACUGUGGAUAAAUUUCGGAACUCUAGUUGGGAUGAAGGAAACGACGCACACGGAGCUGAUAUGAUCAGUUGCAUCCGGGGAAAUGAUUAUGAUGUGAAGUUGUGCAUCGACUUUCUUCCUUCCUAUUUGAACUUGGAGAAGUACAUCAAUGCCACAUGUAAAGCACACGAGGUGAAGAUUCGGUAUAAUUACAUUCUAAGUGGAUACUCAGUUGGAGGUCACAGUGUCAUUCGCAUUGCCAAUCGCUACCCAGAAUUGAUUUCCAUUAUUAACCCGAAUGUGGGCUGCUCAGAUUUAUCAAGUUUGUUAGUGAACAGAUUAUUUGGCACUGCUAAUUACAAUCAUAAGUACUGUUACUAUAAUUAUGAUGAGUUGGGAUUAACAGAUGAACAAAAGCUUAAGUAUCCUGAGUCCUUGCAUCGGUUAGUCAGUGCAGAAGAUGCUUCUAUUUUGAAUGACUUUCCCUUUGAGAAGAUCAAGAUGUUCGCGACCUUCUACAAAGAUGAUCCCUUAGUCCCUUCAAAAAUAUCAGAGUUGUGGAUCAAUAUGUACUUGAAUUCCAAUUCAGACUCCGCCGCCUACUAUGAGGACGGGGUGGUACAUGACAUUACGCCCGCAAUGAUUAUUCAGUUUGCAACGUGGCUUGCAAAACAAAUCGAAUAA